AAUCUCUGUUCAAAAAGGGAGUGAGAUCUGGUGGUAACUGGCAGAUUUUUGGCUGGAAUCUCUACUAUGUUUCAAAAGCAAACAAGAGAAAAACCUGGCAUGAUGCUGAGAACUUCUGCAUGUCCAGAGAUUCCCAUCUGACCUCCAUCCUAAAUGAGGAAGAACAGAAAUACAUCUCUUCGCAGCUCAGCGAGUCUGCCUGGAUUGGCCUAACAGAUGAAAACGAGGAAGGCCACUGGGAGUGGUCGGAUGGUUCCAGAUUAACAAUACAAUACUGGGCUGAUGGCAAUCCAGAUGGAUCCACCAAUGAUGGAGAAGGGGACAAAGACUGCACUUUCAUAGAAUCUUCAGCCAGUGAAUUCAACUGGAAUGAUGCCAGUUGCCAAGAACUUAGAAGAUGGGUUUGUAAGGAAAAUUUAGAGUUUGAAGAAAGAUAA